CUAUUUUAGUACGAAUUGAACGAUCUGCAAUGUGCGAUGUUUUUUUAUAUUGGUGGUUGUGGAUUGGUAUGUUAGAGCUAAUAGAAACUAAGAGUAAACGAAAAUCAGUAAUAGCUGGAGACUAUUUUUUAGAACACUUCUGUGUAAGCUAAAUUGAACUCCCUAUUACGCAUUGAUGAAACAUGUGCACAAGAUUCGAUGCCUCCUUAGAUGCUACUUUUGGUGCUUAUAUUUUAAUGACUAGUUUUCGUUUUCGUUUAUCGAAGUGUCUUUUGUGCAGUUAGCUUUCCGUAGCCACUUGCUGUUUGCUGUUAUACUAUAUUUUAUCUGGCUGUUUAGAUUCAACAUACAAAUUUAUUUAUUGUCGGGUGCAAAUACUUAAAAUCAAACUGGCGGCGACUAUUGCAAUGAGUACGUCCUGUCAUCCCUACACAGAUUUGUUAACUAAUCAAGAGGAUUCGUGCCCUGAAAAUUUUUCUACAAUACUACUCGGAAUUCGAAAUGACUUAUCAUCAAAAAAUAUUUGUGAAUCUAUAUCAGAUAUUCAAUUACCACAAUUGGAAUUAAUGGAUGAAGCGUCAAAUAGUGAUUGCCAAAGUAAACAUACAUUCAACUCGAAUUCUUUAAAACUAUGUGGAGGUUGUGGAGAAAAAAUAUGUGAUAGAUAUCUUUUAUUGGCACUAGACCGAUAUUGGCACAAUUCUUGUUUAAAAUGUCAUUGUUGUGGAGCAAUGUUGGCAGAUGUUGGAUCAAGUUGUUUUACACGUCGAGGGUUAAUACUUUGCAAAAAUGAUUAUUCAAGCAUGUUUGGCUGUUCGGGUGUAUGUUCUGGUUGUGGAGAAACUAUUCCUCCGAGUGAAAUGGUUGCUAAAGCUAAACCCAGAGUAAAUAGUCUAGACAUCGAAAAGUCUCAAACACCUAUAAUUAGUUUUGUAUUUCAUUUAAAAUGUUUUACUUGCACUAAAUGUGGGUCUAACUUAAAACCUGGUGAUAGAUACGCAAUGAUGGGUGCUAGUUUAGUUUGUGAACAAGAUUGGCAAAAAUUAAUUAAAACUUUACCGGUUGCUAAUGGAAAUUUAACAAGAAAGGGUAAAGUUGGAAGGCCAAGACGAACGAAAGACUAAUUUUUUAUUAAAAUUGUUUGAUAUUAAAUAACCGUGUGGAUGUGAAUUGUAACGUAAGGAUUUUAUUAGUUUUUUUUUUCAAACUGUAAUAUAAUACCUAUGUUUAAUGCAGUAAUAUAAUUUACAUUGUUUAAAUAAAGAUAUUUAAAAAAGAGAACAAUAUUGAUGUAUAUAGUUUUUAAUUAUUGUUUAUUUAUUAUAAUUUCGAUGUUUUAUGUAAUUUUAUUAUUAGUAAGUUAUAUGAAUAGAAUAUAUUUGGUAUAUAUUUUUUUUUAUUUUACACACUUAUUUACCUGAAACGUUUAAUGAGACUAAUUACACUAGAGUGAACGUAUCGUAACAACACCUCGUAUAUGCCUCAUUUUUUACGUGUUUUUGUGUAUAUAUAAACUAUGUUAUUCUAUAUGAAUUACCGUAGUUCUUUACUUAAUCAAUUGCAAAAAAAAAAACUACUUUUAUUGAAAGUAGUUGGCAUCACUGCCAAAAUAU